AUGAGUGCUGCGCAGCCUCACCAGCAAAGCCGUAGGCAUUCCUUAAAUGCCUACUUCAGUUUUGUGGAACCAACAAAAACAACUCCUGCCAACAAAAAAAGCAACGGCGGUGAUGAGUCAUCGCAGCGAUCAGCUGAAUUGGAAUCGAUGCAAAGGACGCAGUCGGCAGAAGCAGAAGUAAACAGCAAUCGCGCAACAACAAAUGCGCUGAUAGCGACAAGUAUGCAGGUACCAACAAGCACUCGGUUAACGAAGGAAAACAAAAAAGAAGGUGAGAAUGUACAAUGCAAGAAAGGACCAUCUAUUCAGACUGGUAUUGACCGCUACAUAAACACAAAAAGGAAAUCUAGUCCAAUUAAAUCAGCGGUCAAUAACAAAAAAUUUCAAGCAGGCACGCCAAAUGGUAAAAAGCCAGACAUUUUAAUUGGCAAUAGAUUUGCCUUACUGAGCAGGGAACCUAACGACGAUGCGAAGGGUACUACUGCAGCAGUGAAUGCCAAACCUCCUCCAAUCUAUUUGCGUGAGCGUAGCUCAAAUGCGCUUGUCUCCAAAUUGAGCAAUUUAAUAGGCACGAACAAUUUUCAUAUAGUGCCUUUAAAAAAAGGUAACAUAGAUGAAACGUAA